GCAUUGCACGAGGAGUUCACAGAGGGCCUGGAGUUGAAAGCAAGUGCGGACAACGCGCGGCCUCUGGUCCGGACUUUGUCGCAUUGCCCGGACCUGGACAUGUCGGAGAAGGCCAUGCUGGCCAUCUCACAGGCGUCCUCCGCUGGGAGUAG